AUGCAAAUCACGCACGUUAUAUACAACCGGAUGACGUACGCGAAGGAGGGUUCGCCCAGGAGUUUAGCGGUCAACAUUGAUCCAGUAUGGAAGCGGUAUCAACGCCACAGGGAAAAAAAGAACAAAAGGUUCCGAUUUGGCAGGGUCCUUCUGGAAUGUGAGAGCCAUGGAGGAUGGGAGGCACGUCGUGGGAUCCGGCCUAGGCAGGCAGAGAGCGAAAAAGAGCAACAAACACGGGGUGUAUUUUUCUUUUGCACACUGAAAGGGAUCGGAGCAGGCAUCGAAAGGAGACAUCAGGAACAUGUCAUAGUGGAGAAUCGAAUCUGGUCUGAUCGCCUGACGUUAGCGCAUCGUGAAUUUGGGGGUUUCGAAAGCAAAAGGAAAAAGAAGAUGAAAAGGCAAAAAAGAAAGAAACGAAGAAUGAAAGGAAAAGCAAAAGCCAGCAAAUUCCACCAAGCGAAACAGGCGCUGUACCUCCAUACGGGAGGAUUGGGGUUACCUAAGCAAAAUACCUCAGGCGGCCUUUCGACUGCCACCCUCACGUUGCUGUCAAUGCGAGAUGCUCCGAAGCAGGUCAAUCCCUGCUUUAAAUUUCUAUAUACAGAGUAUGGCCAUCAAGCUGCUUCUGGAGAGUUGAUACUCCGUAUAUAUGACGGAUUCCCGAGGUAA